UAUCCCCAGUGCAAUUCCAUAAAUAUUACAACAGAGGAGUAUGCUGGAGUUGUACAGUAGCUUCCCUUUGCUGUAUCAUCGAUCAUCUCUCUGAGGAGUGAAGCCAUGUGUUGCAACAGACUUUAUUUGUUGUACUGCUGAAGCUGACACAGUAACCCAAGAAGCUCUACAAUAACAAUCUGAUGCUAUGAUGAGGGAAGCUACAGACAUCGCGGCUGACUGUGUACCUCCUAACAUUGACACAGGAAUACAGAAUAACACAGCAACCAGCAGUCAGUCUUUGUCAUCAGGUCGUAAACCUCCAACAAACGCCGAGAAGAAAAACCCUCUCCUGAGUAACGCAGCUCAGAGCGUCCUGGCCAUGGGGUACAUGCCUAGAAUCGUCAAGAUGGCAGUCGAUAAAGUACUGCAGGCUAAAGGCUGGGAUGGCAUGUCAGGAUCAAACAUUGCUAACAUCAUUUUCGACAUGGAAGAGUCUGGUAAAAUCGACAGAGAAAAUUCCAUGGUUCCUAAAGUUUUAUCGGACAGUUCCUGGAAGAAAAUCAACGACAGAGUCCCAGAUGAUAUAAAGGAGCUUACUCAGAGAAACAGUGAAAUGCGAGAGAGGACCAUGUGUAUUCUGUGUUGUGAGGAGAGGGUGUCCAUUGUUUUUUUACCCUGUGGGCACCUGGUCAGUUGUGCCCAGUGUUCACCCGCUUUAAAAAAACUGCCCAGUGUGCCGAGAAUCUAUCAAAGGGACGGUCCGAGUGUCAUUUGCAUGAGUUGGUCAAACAAAAUGGAAAAUAAUCACAAAAAAAUAAAACAACUCAGAAAAUUUAUCUAUACAAUUCAAAUAGAAAAAAGAAAAAAAAAUAAUGUAUACAUAUAUGUUGCAAUAAUUGUCGUUAAAUUAUUAGAUGGUAAUUUUAAUUGGAAUUUCAGCUUCUUUCUUAGGAAGGGGGGUUUACAUUUUUCUCCUCUAUUAAUUUUUCUUUUCUGGAAUUCAACUUUAAGAUAUUUUAUGUCAUAUAUGUUUUCUGCCAAAAAUUGCUUUUUUAAAAAUAUUUGUUUAAAAUUAUUUGAGGAAAAUGGUGUUUUAUUUAAAAUUUACCUGGUAUUUGAAACUAAGAAAAGCAACACUGAUGAGGAUUCAAUAUCCGAAAUAUGUAUAUAUGUCUUAAACUGAUUCAAAUAAGCAAAUGUUUGAUAAAUGCAUAAAUCAUUUUAGAAAGAAGCAUUUGUAUUAAAGGAAAAUUAUUUAAUCAUGUAAUUUUUUGUUUGACCAACGCAUCACUACAGCACAAGGUUUAGGGUUCAUAAUAUGAAACCUUAUCAUUACAAUAGUUUGCUAGAGUGAAUUUUAAUAUUCAUUGUGUAUGAAAAUAUUUGUUUAGAAUUAACCAGAAAUAUUUUACAUUUUAAAUACAUGUGUUCAAUGCUAUACCAUAUGAAUCAAUUGAAUUUUGUUCUUAAAGAAGCAAGUAAAAAAAAAAAUUGGGCGAAGCAAGAAUUUGAAAAGAAACGAAAAACAAAUUUUCAUUUAUGUCUAUAUUCCUGUACAUUAAUAAUUUUUAACGUCAUUUUAAUAGAUCGACUUAGCUAGAUCAAGCACAACUUACAUAUGUGCCUCUUGUAUUUGUAAAGUAAUUUGAGUACUGUACAGCACACAUACACAUAUUUACUACAUGUACAUGCAAUCACAUGUAAUUGUACAAGCAUAGCACUCAUUUCAAACAAUUCAAUAUACAUAUGUAUAUAUAUGACAUACAUGUGUUUAAUUUUUUGUUUAAUAAUAAUUAUUAUACAAGGUACAGAAAUUUGAGAAUUUUAAUUUGGUUUAAAUUCGAAUUCUUUUUGUUGUGUAUUGUGAAAAUCAACACUUCUACAUUUACAUUCAACUUCUGAAAAAAUGAAGAUCUAUUUGUAUAAUUUCUACAUUGAUUUUGGGCAGUUAAUCAGGUUUCAUUUAUUGGAGAUACCAUUUUAUUUUCCUAAAAACAACAA